GGACAGCAAUUUAUUCCAAAAUGUUGCAGUUUUUCCUGAUUCUCUCUGCAGUUUAUGCCUUGGGCAUGGCAGCGCCUUUACCUGAUCUUUUCUCUUACUCACCUGCUGCUGGGGACGGCAGUGGGAUUGAAUUUUCCACUGCCAGUGAGGGUCGCAUCACUGGUAUCAGAGUCUGGGAAUACAAUAACUACUGGGGCGGCUAUAUCUCUGGGUUCCAGCUGAGGUACGAGAGUAACUGGACAGCAGAGGUUGGUGUAAAUAGUGGCAAUCCGAUGGAAAUGAUACUCUACGACAAAGAAGCAAUUAUUCAGAUCUCUGGAAAGUACUACUCUGGUUACAUCUAUGAGCUUGUGUUUGUCACUAAUCAGGGGCGCUUAUUUAAAUUCACCCUCAGCGGUGGUGCAGUGGACAGGGCUUUCCUCAGCUUCCCCGCUCUCCACUGUAUUUUCCACCAUAGUGUUCAUUGCCGGCUCACACACCUGGUCAGACGAUUGAGGCUCUUGCUCUCGGGCAAUCCUCAGCUCUAUCGCUCCUCUCAGCGAUGGCUCUUCGAUCACGGUAGGCACUGGCUCUCCGUGCAGUAG